AUGCCUUAUGUCCAUCGACAAACAGAUUUCGACCUCCAGGAUCCCGAAUCACCGCCUACCGAGGACUAUGACGCGCCUGCAACACCUUUGUGGAGGUACUGGGUGCUCUUUGGUACUCUCUGUCUUAGCGGGUUCGCUGUGACGAUGGAGGGCAGUAUUGUGGUCACUGCCUUGCCCACCAUAGCCCGCGACCUGCAUACCACCGAGUAUGUAUGGGUGACCAACUGUUACACUCUCGCCUCCACCAUUUUCCAGCCUUUGGUCGGCUGGAUGGCCGAGAUGUUUGGGCGCAAACCGAUCAUGCUUGGCAGCGUCCUUGUAUUCGGUGUGGGCAGUGCCAUGGCAGGGUCGGCGCAUUCGCUCGGCCUCAUUCUGGCCGGACGAACCGUCCAGGGUUUUGGAGGCGGUGCAAUUCCAUUGAUGGCUGAGCUGAUCAUUAGUGACCAGCUGCCUCUCGCUCACCGGCCUCAAAUGUUGGGAAUGGUCAUGGCUACCUCGUGUCUGGGGUUGGUGUUUGGACCCAUCCUCGGUGGAGUGAUCGUCCAACAUAGUACUUGGCGUUGGAUCUUUUAUCUCAACGUUCCCUUCGCCGGAGCCUCUAUCAUCUGUUUGUUUCUGAUGCUCGGCCGUCGGACAGCUGGGCAGAAGAGCGCAGCUAAGUCGCUGCGAGCCACUACGAGGCAGUUUGACUGGCUCGGUAACUUCUUGCUCCCUGCCUCCAGUGUUGCUAUCCUCCUUCCCUUGACAAUGGGAGGCCAGAUGUAUCCCUGGAGCUCAGCACGGGUUAUUGUUCCACUGGUGUUGGGAGGUUGUGGCCUAAUCGCAUUCGGCAUCUAUGAGCACAGCUGGGCGGCGAACCCAUUGAUUCCAACCCGACUGCUGUCCAGUCUCUCAUCCGUCUCUCUUCAAACCCAAAGCUUCAUCCAGAGCAUGCUCAUCAUGUGGGUCAACUAUUUUAUGACCGUGUAUUUCCAGGCGGUCCUGGAAGUUUCGACCCAGCAAGCUGGAUUUGAUCUCAUGCCCACUCUUGUGGCCUUAGUCGUGUUCUCCAUCGUUGGGGGUAUCAUCAUGUCCCGGUUCCAUGGGUUCUGGGCUCUGUUCAACAAUGUUAUUGCCUUUACGAUGAUGUCUAUUGGUCUGGGAUGCUUCACACUCCUCACUUCCACCUCUCCAACCGUGGUACACGUCGUACUGCAGAUUAUCGUCGCCGGCGGAAACGGGCUGCUCCUAGCCACUCUGCUACCAAAUGUGCAGGCCCAGUGUGAUCCCGAAGACUUGACGGUGGUCACUGCUCUGUUCAACUUCCUGCGCAGUUUCGCUCUGGUCUGGGGUAUGACUAUUCCGUCCAUCAUCUUCGACCAGACUGCGAAUAACAACUUGAGCCUGGUGCCCGCGGACGUCCGUCCCUUGAUGAGCGGGUCGGGCGCCUACGUCCGAGCGAGUAAGUCAUUCAUAGAGUCAUUCCAGGGUACCGCCAAAGAACAAGUAUUGGAACUUUACACGCGAGCCCUACGGGCCACUUGGUGGGGUGCCCUGAGCUUUGCGUUGCUAGGACUUGCUUUGGUGGCCUUCCAGCGGCCAGGAAGACAAAUGAGCAGCCCGGCACUCCCGGGGAAUGAUGAGCAGAAGAAAGAUGUACCUGAAUCCUAG